CACAUCCUCUACAUAAAACCCUGCCCUUCACUCCUCUUCCAAACACACACAUAUACUGUCCUUCUUCUUUCUGCUCUUAAGAACAUGGAUGAUGAAUGUAGCCCUUUCAACUGGGAUUCUUACUACCAUGAAGAGGGCCAAGGAAUUGAAGAGUUGAAACACACUUUACUGUACACAUUGGAGUUGGAAUCAGCCAUUGCUUGUGCCCAUGAAGAGAUUUCAAGAAAAGGAGAUGAAGUUUUGCAUUUCAAAUGCCUUUUAACAAAGACUGUUAAGGAGAGAGAUGAAGCCCAGUUGAAGUAUCAAGAACUAGUUUUGGAAAACAUGAUUCUGCAACAAAAGAUUCAAGAACUUGAAUCUUGUCCUACUUCUUUUGCUAUUACCACCCCCACUGGCUACAUAGAAGAUGAUCAUCUUUUAGGGGUAGAUUCAUCUUCUGGUUCUGAUGACAACUAUGUUGGAACUCCAAGAAUGGAAAUUAAGGUUCCAUUGCCACCAACUGACCAACAACCAAAACCAGAACUAACUGACAAAGUAGUACUAACAAAAGGGUUGCCAGAGAAUGGUAAGUUUUUGCAGGCAGUAGUGGAAGCUGGACCCUUACUCCAAACCCUACUUCUAGCCGGCCCACUUCCUCAGUGGCAACAUCCACCACCUCAACUUAACUCAAUUGAGAUCCCACCAGUGACCAUCCCAUCAACUCCCACUACCAACACCCCCACCCCCACCUCCACCACCGUGCCUCGGAUGCUCCUCCACCAAGACUCUUGUGUUAGCACAAUCAUUAGUGGUGGUAACAACAACUGUGGUGGAGGGUUGAUCACUAGAAAAAGGAGUUUUGAGCAAUGUAGUGAAGAUGAUUAUAAACCCUACCACCUUCACCAAAAACCAAAAGGUUGUUCACCAAUCAUCAUUGACCAGAAGUUAGUGUUUUGAUCCAUAAUCUAGCCACAAAAUAUGUUAACUAAUUUCCAUCCUUUUCUUCAGGCUUUGAAAAGUUUAUUAGGAUGAAAGGGAUGGUCAUGAUGAUCUUGAAUUUUCCCUUUAGGUUAAGUGUACAUUAAUUCCUUUUUCUCCCUUAGACCUCAAGUUUUUAACUAUUAUUAGCAAAAAAGAAAGAGAGAGGGCACAAUCAAACCCUUGGAGCCUCUAUGUUUGAUUGAGGGCUUUCCUUAUUCCAUUAGGCUACAUCCAACUGUAGGUCAGAUUGGAAUUGAUAUUCUUGACAAUAUUUGAGGUAUGUAAUCAGAGCUCAAGUCAUCUGAAACAUCUUAUCCACAUUGUAUGCUUUUAUUAUGUUGUUGAUGUGUUUAAUCAAUUUAUCAUUAUUAUUUUCAUUGUC